ACUGCAGCAGAGCGAAUGUGAUAACAUGAGCUGAGACCACGUUACACGGUUGUAUGGAGAUUAGAUACAACCCGGGAGUAUGAAUACCAAAGAACCUACGAAUGCGUCAAUUUAAUGAUGCGAGGAAUCGCAGUCAGAAAACGGGCAUUUAGGAACCGUCCAUAAAUUCCAAAAAAAAGCUAUUUCAGAUGUGAGAACAAGGCUGGUACUUGAAUUCCAAGAAUCUUGAGUGCAUGCCCUGUCCAGCAGGAUCAUACACCGAGAACCCAAAUCAUGGCCAUUCCUGCAACAGGUGUCGACAGUGUAUUGGAGGGAAGUUUUUGAUCUUGGUACACUGUACAUCGACCUCUAACACCAAGUGUCAAUGUGUCGAGGGCUUCAUGUGUGCAAAUAAAGAGUGCAAAUCCUGUGAAGCCCAUAAAGUGUGCAAGAAAGGACAACAGGUGCAACAGAAGGGUGACUCCUUCAGGAACACAGUUUGCAGUGACUGCAGAAAUGGUACAUAUUCUGACAGAGAAGGUGGUGUCUGCAAACCCUGGACUGACUGCUCGGCAAAACAUCUCCAAGUCCUGAGGAAUGGCUCACAGACAGAGGAUGCAAAAUGUGGAGUUCCAGUGACAGUCCCUCAGCUUCUGACCACUUCAGACCGACCUACGAUUGGAAACUCCAGGCAGCCAGACAAUCCACUGAUCAAAGAUGCAACAAAGAAUGAGGGCAUCAUUGGGAUUAUCACUAUAAUAUUGCUUUCAUGCUCCUUCAUCCCUUUCGCUAUCUACUUUGCUGUAUGGAACAGAAAAAAAAAGAAGCAUCUGCCUCUGGAUGUAACAAAUCAUGACGAUCUUCCAGUGACCCUGCUGACAUUAGGGGACGAUCGGUGCAGCUGUCAUUGUCCGGAAGAGGAGGUGGGAGACUGGCAGCUCCGGCAAGAGACUGCUCCCAAGCCUCCAGAAUGAGCCUCUGCCUCCUCCGAUCUGACCAGAUGCUAAACCUUGCUGCCUUUGUGAUCAGUUCCUUGUAAAAUGGUGGAAGAAAUAUGAGGUCAACAACUUACAAAGUGAUUUAUUUCUGGAAAGUCAAAGUAACUGUCCAGAAAGAACUGGACUUAUUUAAAGAACCUGACCCUUUUUCCUUUGUUGUAUAUAGAUGAAUCUUGAGUUUUGUGGAACAGUUGGUCCAUGACAUUCACAUGGUUACAUUAAGAGUCACAGAUAACUUCCCCUUUUUGCUUCAGUUGUUCUUUGACCAGACACACGUCUGUCAGAGGUUAAGGCCAGAUUUUACAACUCUCUUUUCUGAUUGAAUUGAGGCUUUAGUAGCCACGUUUGGCAGACUUGCAGAGUCCCACGUUCAAACUAAUUGGCAGAAAGGGAAAGGGGCAGGGGAGGUGGGAAUUUGCUUUAGUUUAUGUGGCAAACAUGCACUCCACAGGAGGGCUGGGAAACAGAUUCAGUGAGAACUUUGGAAGAGUGAAUUGAAAAGAGGAACAAAGAGCAGCAUUUUAAACGGGCUGGUACAGACACAAUGGGCAGAAUGGGGGUGGGGGGGUAGGGCAGAGGGAGGGAAGAGGUCAGUAAUCAGCCAGGCUCCUGUUUGUAAUUGGCACCAAUGCCAGCUUUGAGGGCAAGCAAAUAAAUACUGGAUUUGGAUGACCAAGCCGGGGAAGGUGCUGAUGUACAAGCAGCACUAACACAAUGCUACCUCCAGCAAAGUACCAUUAUGUCAGCAAGACGGGGGAAGAAAAGGUUACCAAUUCUUGAAAUAGAGAGAAAAAGGGAAUUUAGGAAGGAACUUUCAGAGCUGGGCCUAUGGAACUUUAAGGCACCUAUGAUGGAGAAUUUACAAAUGGUGAUAGUCAGGACCACAAUACGACGUGUACGAAUUUCCUAGAGAAUUGUGUGGCUGGGAGAGAUUUCAGAGGUGAGAGCGGGAUGUAAUAAUAUGUGACACUCGAAGGAAAAGGAAGUGCCCGGGGAAUGGUGGCAACGGGCUAAGGUGUGAUUUGGUGAGGAGCACCACACUGUGACUGCAACAGGCUUCAGUGACAAGUGGAGGAAGGUUUCACUAAGUGGCCAGGUGCCACUGAGAGAAUGAUGUUAUCAACCCAAACUAGGUCAUGGGGCACGAUGUUGAUGCUGUCAUCCACAGUAAGCUCAUGAAUGGCAAAGGCUUGGUUCUCAAGUCAGUGGACGCUCUAGAGGGAGUUAUUCAAGGGAUGGUGCGAGUUAAUCUCCUGCCAACAUCCAGAAGGUUAGCAAUGGAGUAAGUUGGGCAGAAAAAUGAUCGGCCCCCAUUUGACGCAAUGGUCUGGAAGGUUCAUGAAAGUGGAUGAUUGGGGUUGGUACUAGCUCAUUAGGAGCAGUAAGUGCAUUCAUGAGCCCUUUGGAGGAUACCAUCAGAAACACGGGAGAUGCUAUAGAUUUAUACAACAGGGAGCUAAGUCUAGGCUGGAGGUAAUAGAAGAUGCAACGAGUUCCUUAUUGGUUAGGGUAAGGAUUGGAGGAGGCAAAGUAUGUGAGAGUGAUAAAUGAAAAGGGAUGUGACAAUAAAAGAUAGAAGUCUACAAGGGGCAAAAAAAAGUAAAACAAAGAACAAAAGUUCAGAUAGAGACAUGGGCUUGGGGUUGGACCGUGAGUCAAAAUACACAAACAAACAGACUUGGAAAAGCCAGUGACACAGUUACAUGAUAGCUUGAUAAGGAAAAGUGGAAAUAAAUGGGAAACAGGAAAUGGAUAGGAAUGAUAGGUUACAUUUCUACUAUCCUGAGCUGGAAUGUCAAUGACCCAGAUAGGUUGAAGGACAGAUUAUUUGUUAUCGAAGUUUGAGACAGGAAAUAGCAAGUAAGAUCCAGAAACUAUUUAAGAACCAUUGUCUCUGCUCCAUGGGCUGUAUGUUGGAUGCGUCAAAUAGUGUUACACUUGAUUCCUAAAUGUAAUUAGAAAAUGUAAAAUAGUUUAUAAUAAUUGAUAGCCAGUUGCCAGGAACAGAACUUCACUGAAUCAAAAACUCCAUCAAACUUUAAAGCAGUCUGCAAAGUUGGGCCUAUGAAUCAAACAAAAGGCUUGCUUUUUGUGAGCAACUCUGUCGGAAUGUGUAUAGCCAUUGUUUAUGGCUCUCUCCCUUUAUUGUCAUAUUUAAACAAAGUCAUUGAAUGUAUUGUGAAGUAGAAAUGUCUAAUUCUGCUCCUAUGAUUUGUUGUAUGUUUGGGCAAAACUAUUAGAAAAUACUUUCGGAAUACAGAUAGAGAAUUCCAUUUAACAUGUUCCUCAUGGUGUUUAUGCUUCACAAAAGCUCUUUCCAGCUCUUUUUACCACAUGUCAUCAAUAUUUUUUCUUUUAAUUAUCUCUCAACUUUCCCUUAAACACAUGUUCUGAUUCCCUUAAUCACUCCUCGUGAUUGUGCUUCCACAUUCUAACAUCUCUCUGGGCAAAGAAGCUACUUCUGAAAUUCCUUUACGUGUCUUAAUGACCUUUUUAUAUUUAAGAUCCCUAAUCUGGUCUCAACCCAAAAUGGAAACAUCAUUUCUAUGGCUAUAUUAACUCUCGUAAUCUCGAAGACCUUCAGUCAUUUUUCUGCAGAAGACAGUCCAGUUUACUCAACUUGUCCCACUAGGUAAAACCUGCUAGCUUUGGUAUCAUUCCAAGAAAUCUCCUUUACAGCUUUCCCAGGAACUCAAUAUCCUCUUAUAAUAUGCAGCUCAGAGCUUGUGUGAUCAAUGCAAGUUUAGUGUAACUUUUCUGCUUUACACAUCUAUCCCUCUAAAAAUGACACCAAUGCUUUCCUUGCUGCCUUUAAAAUUAAGACCAUAUUAUCCUGUGAAGCAAUAUUGUGUUUGUGUU